AUCUCUCGAGGGGUACGUGCAAACCCCAACACCAAAGCACAAAUCUUGAUUUGGUUCUUUCAGCUACACUUCCGUAGCAAAUCAGAAUCUCUCUCACUCUUUACCUACUUUUCCGUAAGAAUCAUGACGUCCGGAGCCGCAUGGAAUCCUGAACACCACAAAGUAUUUGUGGACUUGUGCGUCGUUCAAAAGAUAUCGAACAGUCCACUUGGAAUGGAGCAUAUGUUGGAACGUUUUCAGGAAAGGACGGGAGUGAGCUUCAGCAUGGAAGAUCUUACGAAUCAUUGGGAUACAAUGGUCAAGCAGUGGACGGUAUGGUCUAGGCUUAUUGAAUGCCAAGAUAUGAAAUGGGAUCCCAAGACAAACACGUUUGGAGCCAGUGAACAAGAAUGGGCCAACUACUUACAGGUGAAUCCUGAGGCUGGGGAGUAUCGGUGCAAUCCUCCAUCGUUCCACAAGGAACUAGAUAUCAUCUUUUCAGUGAGUUACUUGGAUGGUGAAGGAACUUCAGGUGGUAGCAGCCAAAGGAUGCAGAUAUGCAAGCCUCUUGACGAAAACAAUGAUACUAGUGGAGUUGAAGCUACGCUACCCGUGUCUAAUGUCCCGGUCGCCGCCACUCGUCGUCCUCCUCCUCGUACUCAUCGGUCUAAGUGGUCAUCAACCACACAUGCGGUUUUUAUCGACUUCUGUUACAAAGAGUAUCUAAAAGGAAACACACCGACCAAAUUUCACGGAGCCUAUUCAAAGGAGACUUGGCAAAUGAUGCUUGAGACGGUCAAUCGUAGCGCUAAAGGGGUAGGCUACACACUAACCCAAAUCAAGAACCAUUGGGAAGUUAUCAGGAGAAAGUGGAAGCUCUGGUGUCAACUUAUUGAAUCUCCCAGCAUGAAGUGGGAUCCCAUCACUCGCAAGUUUGGAGCAACGGACGAGGACUGGGAUAACUUCUUGAAGGGACAUGGUAAAGCUGCACCAUUCAAACGGAAAAAUAUGGCUCACGCUGAUAAACUUGCAACCAUCUUCAAAGGACGUAUCGAGCCAGGAUUUUUCAUAGCGCGUCCUCAUGACAAGAGAGUAACCGAUCAUGACCAUGAACCAACUCAACCAGCAGCAGUCCAAACAAACAAUAUAGCUGAGGAUGAUGAUGAUGAUGACGAUGAUGAUGAUGGUCGUGAGCCUACUCCGCUGAUUAGGUCAGACUCAGAGGAAGCUGAUUACGCUAUGAUUAUGGAAUGUCAAAAGUACGCUACCGGGCAGGUGGAGAUUGUUCCGGUCAAGAAGGAGUAUAGCAUUGAAAAAUGCAUGGAGUAUCUGAACGCCAUGGAGGAGGUUGAGAAAGGAAGUGAGCUGUACAUGUUUGCUUUGGAUCUGUUUCUGACGAAAAUGUACAGAGAGAUCUUCGUGCUGUUGGAAACCUCAAGUCUGAGGAUGACUUGGCUGCUUAGGCGUCAAUCUACUGGCACUGCUGCCUAAACGAUCCAUCCUCUUUUUAUAUUCUCCCAAA